AUGGCGAACUCUUCGGCAGAAGAGGGCGAGCAGAGCUUGGUGGAGGUCUACAGCUUGGGCGGCAAGCUACUGGCCAAGCUUCCACGGCCGGCGGAGUCUUCGCUGACGAGUUUGGAGGAGGCGCUGAACCUUCAGGCAGAGGACUGCCGAGCUGCUCAUGGUCGCGAACAUGACGACGAUGACCUGGGACUUGUCUGGCGACUGGCGCAUUCCGGCCCCCUUGGAGCCGAGCCGCUCUUUGCCACGCGGGAGCCAUUGCUCCAGGUGAAGGUCCGGGAGCUUUGUGACGAGGUUUAUGCGCUUCCAUCCAUGUAUAUCCAGGUCAGGAAGAUGCUGCAGUUCAAGAACGUUCAUGGCUCUGCCGUCAAGGAGGAUGGAAAACAAUAUCCGUCGCGGAUCCUGUUCAGGCGAACCGAGGCUUCUGACCUUCAAAUGGCCGAGCGCCUCUACAACGAGUUCAUGUUUCUCCUGAUCUGGCGCAACGAGAAUUUCGUCGUGGUGCAGGACCUCUUCGUAGCACCUGCCGCUAGCGGUGGCUGCUGGACCUCCAUGGCAGCCGUCCUUCGAUCUCCUAUGCACCUGCACCUGACAACGAACCAUGCCGACUGGUUCCUGCACUCGCUUGGCUAUGCCCACGGAAACGUCUGCCCAAGCAACGUCUGGCUGAAUGCCAAUGAGCCUUGGCUUGAGCUUCUCAGGAUUGAAAAUCUUGCUUCCGUCCCCUUGGUCGCAGGUUUACCGAUCCAAUAA